UGGUUCCGAGCUCUCCUCGCUGCAGUCUCUAACGCACGCUGGCACGAUGACUGGUCCGGACGCUAAGAAGAGUUCGAUCCCCAAUGUGGCGGAGUGGGUUCGCACGGCCUGUCGGUUCGCCACAGACAGAACCGACUUCCGGAGGAAUCUUCUGGUGAACGUGGGUCUGUUUGCAGCCGGUGUCUGGGUCGCAAGAAACCUCUCAGAUUUUGACCUGAUGUCUUCGCAGCCGUUGACAUAACAACGAAAAUAAUAGCACUGCCAAAACCAGGAUGAUGGUGUCUUGGACCAACAAAUAAUAAACAAGGGACAUGAAUAAACGACCAUUAAACCUAUAUGAGGAGUUAC